GGAUUUGGUGGAAUUCCACAUGAGGACGGGAAAACCAGUAACCGCGGGAUCCGGUGCCCUCCUUCUGAAUCCCAUUGCCCGUCCCGAUUGGCAGUUGGACAAUGCGGACGUUCAGCUCCUCGAGAAGAUUGGACAGGGCAACUUUGGUGAAGUCCAUCGGGGCAUGUACAACGGUCGCAUGGUCGCGGUGAAGACUUGUCGGGCGAAUCCGGUGGAAGUGGAGGUUCGUCGUAAAUUCCUUCAGGGUGAGGCUACCGCCCUCAACUUCUGUCAUCCAAACAUUGUCCAACUCAUCGGCAUCGCCGUGCGAACCCAUCCCAUCAUGAUUGUUAUGGAGUAUGUGGCAGGUGAGUCGUCUUUGCUGACAGAAAUUGCUUUUAACAGCGGUGGGGCU